CUAUUCAAGUAAACAACUUGACAAUGAAGAUUUCAACUCUUCACAACUGGAGUUUAGAUUUUUACUUCUAGCAUUAGAAAGAGAGCAAACUUCACUAUGCCUAUUCAGUCAUCAGCAUGGAGUGACUUCUUGAGUUGCCCUAUGUGCUACCAGCCAUUCAAUGGGAGCCUGCGAGCACCAAUCAGCCUUGGCUGUGGUCACACCUUGUGUGAGGUGUGCAUCAACAAGUUGCGCUCAAACCAAUGCCCCUUUGAUCAGCUGGAAGUGAAUGUGAAGCUCUCCCAACUGCCAGUAAAUCCAGCCAUUCUGUGUCUGUUAGACCAUGAUCAUCAGGCAUACAGGCAUGAGCAUCGUAACUCGCCUGCAAAGAGCAGGAAAGAAUGGCACCAUCCCCCGGAGUGUGUGCCUCAGGAGCACAUCACAACUUACAUAACAUCAGUUGAGAUCAUGUGCAAGUUAGCCUAUUUCUUGAAGCCAAUGGUGGGAGGAUCAAAUAGCUAUAACAAUUCUAACAUGGGAGGAUUGUCUCGCUCAAUGCAGCGCAAGCUGAUAACGCUUAUAAACUGUCAGUUGCUGGAAAAAGAGGGCAGGGCUCGAGCUGUGAGAGCUGCCAGGUCUUUAGGUGAGCGCACUGUCACUGAGCUCAUCUUACAUCACCAGAAUCACCAACAGCUCUCAGCAAACCUCUGGGCUGCUGUCAGGGCAAGAGGAUGUCAGUUUCUAGGACCUGCAAUGCAGGAAGAGGUGAUCAAGCUUGUGCUGCUUGCUCUAGAGGAUGGGUCACCACUGUCUCGUAAAGUGCUGGUCAUGUUUGUGGUGCAGCGUCUGGAGCCGCACUUCCCUCAGGCCUCAAAGACAUCCAUUGGUCAUGUUGUGCAGCUCCUCUACAGAGCUUCGUGCUUCAAAGUGUCAAAGCGAGACCGAGAUUCAUCACUGAUGCAGCUGAAGGAAGAGUUCCGCUGCUACGACAGCUUGCGUCGCGAGCACGACACCCAGAUUGUACAGAUCGCCACAGAGGCCGGGCUCAGGAUAGCGCCAGAUCAAUGGUCAUCUCUGCUGUACGGCGAUGUGUCGCACAAGUCCCACAUGCAGAGCAUCAUGGAUAAACUGCAAACGCCGCAGAGCUUUGCUCAGUCCAUCAAUGAGCUGCAGUUUGUCCUGCAACGCACUGGAGAUCCUAGUCACCUGUACAAGCUGUGGCCACAUCUGGAGUUGCUGGCCAGUCUUGACGCGGGCUCGCCUCUCACCAACGGCUCCUCAACUUCUCCUAGUGAACAGACAAUCGAAAUUGGCUCUAAGACAUCUUCUGAUAAGGAAUUGCCUGAGCUGGAAGUUGAUAGUGACCGAGAAGAGAGUCCAAAGACCGGAGACUCCGUCACCACCAUCUCUGUCAACGGUGGGAAAACAGAGACUGUAUCUUGGUCUCUUUGUGGGGACGGUUUACGGGCUGUGCAUUUUGUGCUGCUUGGGCUCGUGCAGUUCCUGCAACACAGCCAGCACCGCCGCUUGCAUGACCAUCUGCAGCACAACACCUAUUCUAAAACCAGACUUCUGCCUCCACGCCAGGCCUUCACGCAGCAUCGCCGCAACAUUCCCUACAACUCUCCCAACAAUCGCCCUAGACCCAACCAGACUGCCGCUGUAUUCAAGCCUCAAACUUAUAGCAAACAGUAUGCCUCUGAGAACGAAUCCCCUAACUCUAGUCACGACGGUGGAAAGAAUGAUCUUGAUGUUGAAGAGCAUUCUAAUCUGCAGUAUUCAAAUAACCACGAUGAGAGCUUGUCACAACUAACUAAAGGGGAUCAAUACAUAGGAGAUAAUCAAAGGAACAGCCGGGAGUUGUCAUUUUCCAGCCCUCGUAGUGAUGACGGCAGUAACAAAUCUGUGACGACUUGUUCUAGCUCACCUCAUUCCAAAACAAAUGACACUCAUGCAGACGGUAAUGAAAACCUAAGAAUUUAUGGCUACAAUGCCAUAGUGGAUCCUCGUGCCCAAUACCAGGCAGACUGCAUUGCAGGCUCAAUAUUUAGUGACAGUGACGGCAGUAGUAUUGGCGGCUACACGGACAUUGAAUUCAAUUCUCCUUAUCACGCUUUUUCCCCUGUACCUCCUCCUCGAGUUGUUGUGCCUUCUCCUGCCAUGAUAGGUUCAGGUCCUGUGUAUCCUCAAGCACACACUCCUCUCCUCACCACCACGGACAUUUAUCCCACUGUUGCUACUCCUCAAGCUGUCAUCAUGAACCCUAUAGCUCCGGGGCCUCCACCAGUCUUUAACAUGGUACCGUCAAACCUGGAGUUUGUUUUUCCCGUAAAUGAAGGACACGGCGGCCACAUGGGCACUUCUCAGACUCUGUUUCCGUCCCUAACUCCACUUCAGCCGCUUGCUCAGCCCAUUCCUACCCCCAAUUUGUUCCCGCAACCGGCUUUUGUGGGCCAGUGGUAUGGAAUAUCUCCGUUCAUACCACAGAAUACACUGGAAGAAACCAAUGCUGGUGUGCAUUUGGAUGACAAUCUGGGUUAUGAAAGUCACAGGAGCAACAAUAUAACUCCAACAUCUCUUGCUCCCAACACUCUUAAGAAAAAAUCCCUCUCUGAACUUAGAGAAAUCAAGCACAGCAUCGUGUCACGCCUUAUUGAUAUUGUCGGCGAGAAACAGACGGAGGAAGUUGAAGAGCUCAUCGCUAAAAACCAGUCACACAUACCAUGUGUUAUUCCAACGACCACUGUUGAUUCUUCGUCUGACGGCCCAACAUACAGCAUUUGGACCUCGGGUCACGAGUUCUACAAAAGCUGUCGCAUAGCGCUGCGCACCACGGCCUCUGACAUCGACUCCAGCAGCAGACCUGACAGUGCAGACGGCAGUGCCUAUGAGCACGGCAUGGGAGGCUCAGGUCUCGUUGGAAGGUCUGGCAUGCACUCCAGCCGACCCAUCCAAGUGUCAGCCAGCACCGAUGUCAGCUACACCACAACUUCUACUCUCGACACAAACUGCUCCCUUAUCGCCCUACCUCCGAUGCCGCAUCAGGUCGCGGUAAUGUACCCCGCUGGCCACCAAGUACCAGGCUUAGCUUGCCCAUCGUAUGGCCUGUACCCCACACCUCUGCCAGACAUGCCCAACGCCACAGCCCUGAACACCAUCCAGCAUGGCAUCCUGGACCCGCCUCACCUGAGGAUGGCUCAACUCGACCCAUCUGGGGCCCGACCCUCCGACCCCAUCGACCCGAAACUUGGCACUCACAACUUUGGCCAGUGGGAGGAACGACAGCGACAGCACCUCAAUGCCGUCACUGACGGUAUCGAUCCGUUCUGCUCCAUCAAAAAUAUGCCUGAAGAGCAUCGGCUGAAGCAAGAGUUGAGUUUCGUGAUGCACGGCAUAAGCGAGAAGCUCAACAUUCAGGACGUCGCGGCGUCUUAAGUAAUCAACUCUUCACCAUGGCUGCAAACAA